AUGACCACCGCGUUCAAGGUGAUCGUCGUGGGUGCAGGACCAGCUGGUCUCUCGCUCGCCCACGCCCUUAGCUUGGCCAAGAUUGAUUUCGUCGUGCUGGAGCGGAGAGAGACAGUUUCCAUGGACUCUGGGGCCAGUCUGGUGCUCGCCCCGACGACGCUGCGAGUCAUGGAGCAAUUUGGUCUUCUCGACAAGCUUCUGGCCCUGGGCGGCGAACUCAAAUCCAACAAGACUCUCGAUGUCAGGGGCAAUGAACUUGGACACUCGGAAGCUGUGCAACUGAUGAGGAAAAACCAUGGAACAGCACCCAUUGCUUUUCACCGCGCACACCUGAUAGACGCCAUCCAUGAUGGUCUUUCCGCAGAAGCAAAAUCCAAGAUCAUCACAGGAAAACGAAUCAGUGACAUCAUUUCCGACGACAAUGGCGCCGUGGUGCACUGCGAGGACGGGACCUCGUACGAAGGUGACAUUGUCAUUGGCGCCGACGGCGUGCACAGCCAAGUCCGCCGCAUCAUGCGGAAAAUGGCCGUCGCAGGAGGCCGGGAGGCGGACUGGGACCCUGAGGUUCCCUACACUAGCGAGUACCGGUGUCUCUGGUGCAGUUUCCCCCACCCGGACAGCGGCUUGGGCUACGAUACCCAGGAUCGCGACCGCUCCGUCAUGUACCUGGGCGGCGUCGAGCGGUCCUGGAUCUUUCUCUACGAGCGCCUGCCCCAGAAAACCCGGGAGCGCGCUUCCUACUCGGACCGCGACGUGGACGACAUGGCGGCCCGUUUCGCCGAGUACCCCGUGACGGAGAAGCUCAAGGUCAAGGACUGCUACGCCAUGAAGAUCACGGCGGGCAUGUCCAAUCUCGAGGAGGGCAUCCUCAAGCACUGGUCCUACGGCCGCAUCGCGCUCGUGGGCGACGCCUGUCACAAGUUCACACCCAACGCCGGCCUGGGCUUCAACAAUGGCAUGCAGGACCUGGUGGCCCUGUGCAACGGCAUCUACAAGGGUGUCCAAGCGUCGCCCAACGACAGCAAACUGGACAUGCCGACUGUGCACUCCAUCUUUGCCAGUUAUCAGGCCGCGCGCAAGAGCGAGAUCCAGGCCCAGUUUGCCCAGUCUACGCACACCACGCGCAUGCAGGCCUGGUCGAGUCCUCCUCACUACCUCAUGGCUCGCAUCAUGGGCAAGGACUUUGUCCAGAAAAUACUGCUGAAUUAUGUAGCAUCUCGCGCGAUAAGCAAGUCUCUGAUCCUGGAAUAUGGACCGAACCCAACAGUCGUCCAGGGCGCAGUUCCCUGGGUGCAUCAGAUCACACCUGCAGUCUAG